AUGGCUCAGAGGGUUAUUGAAAUCAUCAGCUCACGUCCUCAAAUGAUGUACGGUCCUGUCGUUUCAUAUGUAAAAGACUACAACACUUUAUCAACAAACAUUCACUACACUUCCUGCCUCUUUAAUUCCGAUAACGUGUAUUUGGACAACAAACGGAGGGUUGUAUGUAAUGGUCAAAAAAUGACGGUAGGUCUUCCAAUGACAUUAUAUGAUGGGAGAAAAACUCGAUCUCUACCCAUCGCGGUGUCUUCGUAUAAUACACGACUUAUCGUCACCCUCGAAAGUGGUCAUCGAAUUUUAAUGCGUAAAGUGAACGACGAACUAGUCAUAGAUAUGACUCUUCCUCCCCUUUUCGACGGUAAAGCGCGUAUCUCGUCACAAAUAGGUGAUGUCUGUGUUCAAGUGUAUACAACACCAAAUAAUACUGACCGCGUGUUUGUAGGACUUUUGGAGUCUCAAAAGUCCCAAUUUGUUGAAGCUGUAGAGGAAAUCACACAACACUUCACAGAGACCAUUUUUGACAUCUGGAACGACGACAAUGACAUUCAUCUCUGCACACAACUCCACGCUAUAACACUACGGGUGGCUAAUUCAUAUCAACGGUUUAGUAUGAAUUUGAAGCGCUCUGAACUUGGAAUGCAAUUUCGCACAGUAGUCGACGAGACAGUUGACGUGUAUGGCGACUUGGCAAUCACUUGGUGUUUCCAAGUGAUUGCUUUCAAAGAAAUCGAUGACGACCGAAGUGCGUUUCUCUCCAAAAUCAUUCAUUCCACAAACUUCCCACUCAACGCGUGCGACUUCUUCAAUUUCUUACAACAAAAAAUGCUAAGUGUGAAUCUCCUCGGACCAGUCGAUUUGUCUCUCGAACUCAAAAAACAGUUCAAAGCACUCAAAACGUUGGUUUCAGACUAUUUGGUCAAAACAUUUGAAACAAAUUCUCAAGUCCAAGUUCUUUUAAAGCCAAUAGCAAGAUUCGAGGCGGUAUUGGAAAUCCCAUCUCUCAUUCAAAAAGUUCAAAUACCAAAUGAAUACGUCGAGUUUGCGCAUACUACGCUGCCAACCUUUUUGAAUGACUCGACGCUGAUAGAACUAAGAGAGUUCUUAGUCGGAAUGGCAGUGUGUUAUGGCGCUGAUGAAUUUCUGUAUGCACUCCCACGGUCUCUAACAAUGGACAUUCUCCCUUUUGCAACACAAGAAAGAAUCAAAGCGAUUAAUGCACUGAAUAAGAUCACAGAAUACUCGGAGCCUAUUUAUAAACAGACAGCCGCAGAUAUAGUCUGCUCACACGCUGUACUCUGCGACGGUGGGCAACUUGGGAUUAGCAAAAUGUUGUACGGCGCUGGGUGCUACCAACAGGCUGCGAUCAUCGCUACGCAUGCCGUCUCGGCAAUGUAUGUGAAUAGUAAAAGUAAUAAUAAAAGAACUAUAAACUCUGGUUCAUUAGAGGAUGUUGAGGAACUGGUCAAAGUUGUGUCGAGUUGCAUCAGAAUGUUACUGGACAUACCUAACGCGACCAAUUUGAUAGUCGAGGAUAUCAUGGAGAGUGGGACAUUUGUGCGAGAAAAGUUGUUUCAGCAGAUGGUAGUGGAUGAUACAAUAGAGUGUGUGCUUGGGUUUCGCGGAGUCGAGGAAUUUAUCUCUCGAAAUGUCCCGAGACUGCUUUGGCGAGUGAAGUACAUCCAAGGCGAUGUCAGUGGUGCCGUCCGUGAAGUAGUGAAGUACUGUGAGAACGAUGGGGAUGUCCGCAGUCGAGAGAAUGAAGUGAGGACGUGUCUUGGAACGAUUGGGACGAUGAGUAUGAAUGAACGUCGUAAGUUAGUAGAAGUUGAUGAUAUACUGCGAAACCAAAUAACUGUUGGAGAGUCGUUGGUAAAGAUCAAAACGCGAAUGGUAGAGAAUGAUAUCGAAAGUGUCGACUUAGAAACCCUUGACAGGAGUAUUGAGAUAGUAUUUACUCGAGUCCG